AUUAUAAAAUCAUGAGUAAUAUAAAAGUCGCAAUGGUAUCAUUUUCUUUAUUAUCGAUUAUUUUUCUGAAUAGAGAAAGUGUAUUUAGUUCUCAGAGCAUUUAUUUUUAAUAUGGCAACAUUAUGACUUUAUUACGCGAGCGCCAACUGGUGCCUAAUUUCUGUAACUUCUUAUUGAUAUCUCUCGCUCUAUGUUCAUGUUGUAAUUUAUUCUAGUAAUUUGUGCUACUUGCUGACAAAUCCAAUGUUUAUUGAAUAUGUGUUCGUGUUUGGUUUAUUCUCGACAUUGACAAAUUAAAAAUCUUGUCUCCAUGUAUAAUAUGUUAUGCGGCAAGUUACUUUCAAAACCAAUGACAUUAGAUGAACUCGAUGUGCGUUUUGGCCAUUUUACUUGGCUUGCGUUGGUGAUUCGUACAUAGUCACGUGACCAAGUGGUUUUUGGAUCAAUGGCGCCAAAUGUCUGUUACAGAAAAUGUAUGUGAAUUAUGAGGUUUACAGAACGCAUACUCAAGUGCCAUGUAAUGAAUGAUGUGACAUUCUACACAAUGUUGUUGCCACGUUCCAAGUGUAAAGCAGUAGAGGGAUCGUGAACAUGUAGGUUGCGGACAACUUAUCAAGAUGUCGUUGAGAGGCACAAAGAGGGCGACUGGGAUGCGCGGUGACGAAGCCGGCGCAUCCAAGCGCCGCAGAGCGGAGCCCGAGGAUGCUCUCUGGCAGCUCCGCCCUGUCAGUGACCUCAAGAUGUCAUCAAUAUAUAACAGGAGUGCCUCAGAGGCACCCGCAGAACUAUUCAGAAAGGACCUUAUCAGCGCCAUGAAACUCCCGGACAAUGAGCCACUGACGCCGUCUUCUUAUUGGAUAAUCACUGACACAUGGAAACAGGACUGGGAGAGAGGAGUGCAGGUGCCGGUCAACCCUGACUCUCUGCCCGCGCCGAAAGUCAAAAUCAUUGAUAAUCCACAACCACCGAACUUCCAGGAAUUCAAAUUGUCCAAGGAUAAAUACAUUCAUCUAAGCCGCGACGUCCACUAUCAACCGGAGAAACAUAUACUGAGUACAACCCCGGCGCGAGCAGAGGCCGCCUGCAGUUACGACUUGGACGCUACCGACACCGCGUGGCUCAAGUUACUGAACGCGGAGCGUGCCCGGGCCGGCGCCCCGCCAGUCACUGAGGACCAACUCGAAAAAGUCAUCGAAGAACUAGAGAUUCGUAGCUGGGAUAAAAUCCAAGCAAUCGUCAGAUCCGAAGAAGGCCUCGGUAUCGAGUACGACGAAAAUGUCAUAUGCGAUGUUUGUCGUUCUCCUGAUUCUGAGGAUGGCAAUGAGAUGGUAUUUUGCGAUUCGUGCAACAUAUGCGUGCACCAGGCCUGCUACGGAAUCACCGUUAUACCGGACGGCCAAUGGCUGUGUAGGCCGUGCGGUGACGGUGUCAGGCCUAGCUGCGUGCUCUGCCCCAACCAUGGCGGUGCCAUGAAAUGUACUCCGUCUGGGCAUAAGUGGGCGCACGUUAGCUGUGUACUAUGGAUACCCGAGGUCUCUAUCGGUUGCGCGGAGAUUAUGGAACCUAUCACUAAAAUAUCGUCCAUACCGGCCUCUCGUUGGUCACUCGUUUGCGUAUUGUGCCGGAAUCGUAAAGGAGCGUGUAUUCAAUGUUCCGUUAAAACGUGCAAAACUGCUUACCAUGUCACGUGCGCGUUCAAACAUGGUCUCGAAAUGCGCGCGAUUAUAGAGGACGAAAACGCUGACGACGGUGUUAAGUUGCGUUCGUAUUGUCAAAAACAUAGUGUUAAUAAUAAAAAAGAAAAGUGUACCGGGUCGGGUUCGGAGGAGGAAGAGGUUAAGAGAAAGCGAAGGAAGGAUAUGACAUCGGAGGAGAAGACACAAGCGAGAGCCGCACGCUUGCAUGUCAUUGAAAGAGAUUUCGAUAAACACGUCAGUGUGAAGGAUAUCAGUACACAUCUCCUUGACGUUGAUCAAGACGCGAUUAACUACAUUUAUAACUAUUGGAAACUGAAGAGGCGAGCGGGACACAAUCGACCCUUGGUGCCCCCCAAGUCAGAAGAAACAGAGGUGCAUACUCACAAGCAGGAACAAGCCGACAUUGACAAAAUGAAAAUGUUUGUACAGCUCCGGCAGGACCUGGAGAGAGUCCGCAACUUGUGUUACAUGGUGAGCAGGAGGGAAAAAUUAUCUCGCUCUUUCUUCAGGAUGAGAGAGCAGACGUUUCAUAAACAAGUGGCUGUUCUUACAGCUGGCGCCGAAAUCCCAGAGCAGGAGUUGGCUGCCAUCAUUGAGGCUAAUCACGGACCUUCAAUUUAUGACAAACUGUAUUCUCACGCGAAUGCUCCUGAUCACAAGAAUGAUUUCGAGGAGCUACUUGCGCGUAUCGCGCCCCCAGAAUCUGGCGAUGAGAAAAAGAAAGAUCGUAACGGCCUUGUGAAAGGCUCCAAGUCAUCUAAUCCUUACAAGAAGCAUUACGUCAACGGCUCCCGUCGUAGCGGGAGCAUGUACAGUGGCCUUUCAAGUGAAGAGAGUGCAACAGAAAUUCCCCGUACAAGUAAGUAUCGAGGUAAAGCAAUCGGCUCUAGCACUGAAGAUGAAGGUCGAAGAGCUGGAACUUCACCAAAGAAAAAAGUAUCACCUAAGGGCAAAGGAAAGAGAUCUCCUAAAAAGACUGAGCGAAAAAAGAAAAAGGUUCCCCAGUCCAAACCGCUAAUUGAAAGCAGCAGCGACGAUGAUUCCUUGAAUUCUAGACUGAAAAAAGACCGAUCUCGAAGCAAAACUUUGCAGCAAAUGGAAAAAGAAAUGACUGCUGGAAGGAUGGGCCAAUCUGGUACAGACAGCGAUGAUCUGAUGCCCAUAAGACCUAUGAAGAACAGUAAGUUCCCAGUUGACAUAUACUCAGACAGCAGCGAAGACAACAAGACUGAAGUCAAGACCGAGAAGGUCAAGCCUGAAAAGAUAAAAACUGAAAAGGACAAAUCCGAAAAGGCUAAGCCGGAUAAGUCGCCGAAUGGUAAUGAUUCACAACAACCUUUACCGAGAACGAAGGCCGCUAUGAAAGAGUUUAUUCCCACUCAACCGGAGAAGAAAACUACGGCACCAGUCGAAGACAAACCCGGUCCUAGGAAACGAGGAAGGAAACCAUCCAAUAAGGAUAAAAAGUUGCCGCUUCCAACCAAAACAGAAUCUGACGAUGAAGCCAAGAACAAAGAGAAUAUUAAAUUUUCUAAACAAAAAGACAAUCCUACUGACUUGAUUGUUCCCCAGAGGCAAGCUGCCAAAAAGGCUUCCGAGAAUAUGCGCUCAACCACAGCAGUUAAGAAAGAAGAUAAUGUGCCCGAAUCACGAGAACUCAAACAAGCCAGUGGGGAUGACACUAAGCCUAAACAUCCAGUGAAAUCUAAGUCAAAGGGUAAAGAAAUUAAAGAUUCUGUUGGUGGUAAAUCGAGUAAAAAGAAAUCUAAAGAGACAGAAAAAGAACCUAUAUCUUACGUCCCUCAAAGACAGGCAGCUAAGAAGGCAGCGGCUCACAUAAAAAGUGGAUUGGGUAGCAAGGUGCCAGCUGCCGAAAACGAAUCCGAUAAAAAGAAAGAUUCAGACAAAUCCGAGGCUAAACUUUCACCCAAGAAAGAUAAAGAGGAAGCGAAGAGUUCUAAAUCUGGGCAAAAAGAUAGUUCGAGCUCUUCUACGAACUCGAGUAGCAGUAGCUACACGUCGUCUUCCAGUUCAGAGGAAGAGCAUGACAAGCCUGGCAUGAAACCGACCGCCAAAGCCCGCGAGAUCAAGCCCGCCAUAAGCACGCGGCAGCCGUCAAUGUUCUCUCCUCCUGGCUCUAGACCUACAGUGGACUUGCCCUUUCUCGACAGGGUGUCAAGACCGCUGUCUUCGACUAGUGCCUCGAGUGAUUCUGACAGCUCUAAAGAGUCAGACGGGUCCAGGUCGGGCAGCCCCUAUCCGAAGCGACCCAGGCGACGACGAAAGCACAAGAGUGUGUCGAACGAUGCGUCCCCUCGCAAGGCGCCAGACAAGAAGCUUAAAACUUCCGAACGGCAGUCCGAGUGUAGGGUACCAUCACCGACUCUUGAAAGAGAGGAACCUGGCCGAGCCAGCAAUGCGCGCGCUGCCACACGUGCUCGGACCAGAAGCACUGCUUCAAGCGGAAAUAUGCCUAAUAAGUCUGAUGCCGGACCUAGAAAAUCAUCUAAAGAAGACACCAUUGCCGCUGAACCCAAUAAAGCUCCCAAAGAGAGCAGCCAGCCCAGUGAACUUUCAACUGCGGAGCGGAAAGCGAACGAGGAGGUAAAGGACGAGAUAAAAGAAGAAGUUAAAGUUGAAAUUGAAAUAGCUCUUGAUCCUCCUAAAAAUGACGUCAAAGCUAAAACAAGUAAGCCCAAGAGGCGUAGCGAAUCCAAUGAUGACAAGGAUAAGAUCAACAAAACCAUUGAAAUUGAAGUGCCGCCGCUGCACAAAGUUAGUCCUCGCAAGAGCGCAGAGUUGAAACAUAAAUCGUUAAGCAAUAGACGAGUAAGCGUGAAGGAUACAGCGCAAAAGGACCGCUCGAAGACCGAUGAAGUGCGAGAGCCGCCCAAGAAAGUUCGCAGGCUAAGCAUGGCUCAAAACGCAGUACCGUCAGAGCGGGGUUCUGGAUCACCUGUCAAAAAGAAAUCAUCCCAACCAACCGUUCCGGAGCAAUUGCCAGUAGCACCUUUGAUUGAUAAGAAGAGUCCCCUGGGUAUAGCUGCAGACUACCAUGACAAUGAUAAGCAUUGGUUGCCGAAGGCGCCCAGCCCGAAUACUAUUCCGCCUGCAGUAGAGAAGCCCGGUGGUAAUGAAAAAUACAUGACUGACGAUAAAUCUAUGGACUCAGAUUAUGCAGAUAAAAGUAGCGUCAAAAUGAUUGCUAAAAUACAAGCAAACCUCAACGAAAACACCAUGAUCAAGUCUCCAAAGACGCCAAUGGAUGCAAGAACAGUAAAUAUUGAAAACAUUGAUGUUGAGAACGUGGCUAGAAACAUGAAGAAACGGUCGACAGAAAAGAAAUUCAUCACACAAGAUGCCAGUCACGUACAAGGUGUUGAAAUCUCCAAGAGUGCCAAGAUACCAUCAAUUAUAAACCCCUUCCCUAACAGAGCCAUUUUCUCUCCUCAGUCUAAGGAUAAUGAAUUUUUAGAUUUCGAAAUGAUGGCUGUUGACGACGGGUUCAACCAUGACGACAUUAUGAAACCGUUUGCGACUUAUCCAGAAUUCUUUUUCAAAGAGGAUUCUAAGGAACAAGGUGUACAGGAAACACUGAACUUAGUGGACAGGCUUAGGAUAAGGCUAAAUACUAAGAAAGUGCCGGAAACAGUUCCUGAAGAAGACGAACCUAUAGAUGUGAUCGAUGACGAUACGAAAGAUAAUAAAGAUGACAACCUGGUCGCGUCCAACUUGGUCAAAGAAGACAGUCCGCCACCUAAGGCGCACACACCUGCGCUAGGGCUUACUGAACGCUCACCUGUGAAGGAGAGUCGCCAAGCCGUCAAUCACAUUCCUAGGAUACCGCCGUCUAUAGAUCUCCCAUCCGGUGAUACUGCCAUGGACGCUAAAGAUUUCCAACCUACGGCUAUGACAAGUGAUGAAAAAUGGCCUAUCAUUCCGCUAGCGGUGUCACAAAUGGACACGCAGAGUCAGGCUGCUAACGACCAAAAGUACGAUAAUUCAUACCCAGACGACGUCAAAGAACCUAUAACGUUACAGUCCGACGUGCGGUCUGUUUCUGAAGUAGGAGAUACAAUUUCAAUAUCCAAACAAAGCGACGAUUCACAAUCUUUGUCAGUUGUCGACCACUCUGUUCACAGUAACGACGUUGAACUUGUACAUGAUAACCAAAACUAUGAUAAUAAUGAGUUGAUACACUCUGAUUGCGCUACGACUUCCUCGCCAUACAUUAGCCAAGAAAAAUGGCGAGAGAGCAAGAUAACCACGCGCCGAUCAUCCGCCUCUAGUACGACCUCAGAAGGUUCCGUGAGCUCUCAUAAAAAUGAACUGAAGUCUCAUCUUUCAAGUGAUUUACGUCCAGGUAAUGUAAUGCCUCAAAUAGAUACGUACCCGCCCAUCCCGGCGUACUCAAGGCCGGUGGAGCCGUCGAUGCCGCUGAACCAGUACACGACGUACCCGCCCGAGGCGUCGCCUUUCUGCUCACUGCCGCUGUUCGCGGGCGCGGCGCAGUUGCCGCUACCGUCGCCGGGGCCUGGCCUCUACGGCGCCAUCCCCUACACGACCUCUGCGCCACUGCCGCUCAAACCCGCCUUCUACAGUGCGGCUUUUACAUCAUCAUCGCAGAACAUUGCUCUGACUACAGCGAUGAUUGCCCCGCCCACACCGAAACCGUUAGAUUCGCCAGGGCCCGAUAUUGAUGUCACAGGAAGCGAUAAGUUCUCGAUACACGUUGCUUCAAGCCCUAGUAUAAGCGUAGAUUCCUAUGAAAACAGCAACAAAGCUCCAACGAAAAUGUCCAAUGACAGCAAUGAAACUAUGACGAGCUUGCACCCACAGGAAUCAAAAUCUCCACCUAAAUUGACAAAACUGACAACAAAGUUCUCUGGGAAGUCUCCAGGCAAGAGCCCUGGCAUAUCGCCCAAGCAAAGCGAAUCCGGUAAGGGCACAAAACGUUCUAGUAACAGGAGCAACAGAAGCCAACGUGGCCGCGGCCGCUCCAAGAGCCGCGGUCAAGGAUUUCCGCCCGCUGAAUAUUUGGGAAACUCUAUUCAAAGCAAGCUUGUCGGCACAGUCUACGACUUCGACGAAGAAAUCGCCAAUGAUGGUGUUGACCUAAAAACUCUUCGCGACAAACGUAAAUCUAUCGAUAUACGAGACGAUAGGAAAUCCGAACAUUCUUACAAAGAUUCUUCUCAGUCACCUCGCGUUAUAACUCCUCCUCCGAGUAAAAAAGCUACACCGUCAGAUAGUAAAGACGUUAAACCGCCUCUGUCCCCCGAACCCGCGGAGUCGAACUCGUCGCCGUCGGCGUCGUCCGGCUUCUCCCAGGUGGCGCCCGUGCUGCCAGGACCGGUAGAUAUGCGUACGUACCAACCGUUCGAAAACCCAGCUCCUCCUACCGAAAAUGCGUAUCACUUACUCGCGUUUGCUAGUGGAACCGCGGAACAGCACUUGGCUGAAAUAGACGAGGAAGUAGAGAAACAACUCCACACAGCACUAAUGGCCAGUAAUCCGCAGACGGGAUCACCGAGCCAUCAGCCUGAGCCGGAGACCAGCGAGCCGCCCAAAGAGGUCGCCGCUCCGCAACUGCCCAAGGUAUCUCUCUCCGACUCAAGAAAUCAAUUGAAGGUUAAGAUUAAAGGUCCUUUCUUGGACGCCAAUUACUCAACGUCGUCAUCACAGCCGGUAGCCCCGCCGCCGCCGGCGCCCGCCAGCGAGCCCGGCACCAGCAUGUUCAACGCGUCGAGCUCCACCGCCUCCAGCGCGGUGUCCGGCUCGACCAACCUGCGGCGCAUGAGGAAGAAGGAGUUGCUGCGCCAGUACUGGACCCAGGACAUGAACAUGGAUGACCCGACACAAAACGCCACGGUGGGGGCCGUGCCGCCGCCGGCUGCGCCCUCGCCGCUCACGCGCGCCGUCAUCACCAUCCCCAAGGCGGUGGCGUCCAUGACCAGCAUACCGACGCGCGAGGACUAUAAGAUGAGCGAUAGUCCGGUAGAGAAGAAGAAACGAAAAAUUACUAGUGGUCUCUCGCGUGAGUUAAGGCAUUUAGAGGUAAGUAUGAACGACGAUGCCGACCCUGCAGAUGACGUCAAGUUGUCAACAAUAGCCGGCACGUCAAGCAAACAAGUUCACAAGCGUCGCGGCCGCACCUCCACCAAGCCGAACCGUGCUAAUGCCACAUCUCCGGUCGCCCCGAAGCUAAAGAUAAAGAUCGGCAACAACACAGUCCAGCAGGUCCCGGCGGCCGCGCCCGCGCCGCCUGAUGACUCGGCUGGGACUGCCAAUUUCCGCCCGCCUAAAAAACGAAUCAUGGUGCACAAGCCUAGCCUCGAGGACUUGCGCCGUGAGAGCAUGAAGUAUCGGCGUAUGGUGAUGGCCAACUUCGAAGAAGACGAACAAGAUACAAUAGUUAAACCUAAGAGUGAAAAAAGUGAGAAAAGUGAUAAAAGCGAAAAGCGUAAAAAGAAAAAGGACAAAAAAGCUGAAAAGCUUCAAGUGGUGAACAGAGAAAGUAAUAGUGCUACAAAGUUGAUCAUAAAAAUCAAACGAACGAAGGAAGAAGAGUCAAACGACGGUAGCACGAGCGGCGCGUCGACAAGCGGGGGCGCGAGUGCGAGUGCAGGCGGGGGCGCGAGCGCGGGCGGGGGCGCGGGCGCGAGUGCCGCCGUGACGCCCGCCGAGCCCGCCAUCGACCCGUUCGAGUAUGACCCGUCGGCGCCCGACCCGCUCGCCAUCGACCCGCCCUCGUACGCUGAGGCGUCGUCGGCCAUGCGCAAGGUGCGCACGGACAAGGUGACGCCCAUCCGGUUAAAACUGGCGCGCAGCUCCGAGGGCUCCGGCUACGUCAUGAAGGAGGCCGGCGAGGCCGCGCUGCCCGUCAAUAACAAUAAACACUGUGAAGUGAGGUGAUACAAGCCGCGCGCCAACAAGCGUACCGCGUACAAAGCCAAGGACACUAACAAACGUGUGCUAAAUAAGUCUAGAGUUAAGGGUAACGUAAGCAAGUAGGCGGUCGAGUUAACAAGUAAGGACAAGUAAAUGAACUAUGUUACUAUAGAACAAGUAUAAAAUCUCCUGUAUAGUUAAACUACUGAUAUUCUCUGUAUAUUUUUAAAACAAUAUUAUCUAAUAAUAAUAAUAUAGUGUAGUCUAUUAUUACAUAUAUUAUUUAUUUGUAUAAAUGGAAAGCUCAAUGAUUAACUUAAAGUUAUUCUAAGGUAUAUAGUAUUGUGCAUGAUGCGAUGCACAAGUAAAUCUUAUUAUAGUAUAGCAUAUAUAUAUUUUUGUUAAAGUUACUGUUUUAAUUUGUGCCUCAUAUGGAAUCUCAUUAACUUUGCAUGAAUUAAUUGUGUAAUUUUAUAGAUUAGUUGUGUAUGAUUAAUUUUAAAGUUUCGCUAUCACAAAGAGCAUCACAUGCAUUGGUUGCAAACGAUUCUGAAUUCACUCCCUCGGGGUGACGCGCAGGUGUCACGGCCGUGAUGACGUUUGAACGCGCUAACUGCUACGGGCGGCCCAUCUAUACUAACCAUCAUAAGCUCACGUUUCGAAUUUUACCAAAGAUUGUCAACAUAACGAAAGUUACUGCUUCCCAAUGGGCAUUAUUAGUGAAACGCGACAGUGACGCGAUAGUUAAACACUUAAUCCAUAGACACAGCACGUAACAUCUCUCUUCCAGUCUCGCAGUGUUCGUCACAAACUCUAGGGAAUACAAAGUACAAUUAAACAUGUGAGAAGGGAACAUGUCACGAGAUCAGAUGACAACCAGAUCCGAGCAGCGUGCCAUUACAAGGAAUAUCAUGAAUCGGCGCUCAACUAAGCUGACCUUAGAUACUGUCUACGCAGACAUAGAGUUAAUUAUUGAGUAUGAAAUACCUAAAUUGAGAUAGGCUAAUCAAAUCGGAUGUAAUAUAAUAAUUUAGUGUAGGCUGCCCGUAAUUGUAUGACCACGCAUCUAGGCAUAGGAUACAAUAUGUUGCAGACUAGUAUUUUGUGUUAGUGCGUAUUGAUAUAGAGGAACUGAAUUACAUGUAAUUUCGGUAACGUAUGGAAUUUAGCUAUCAAUGUAUGUUGUUAGUUAGUUCUGAGUUCAGUUGUGCGCCGCACAGCCUCAGACGGCAAAGGAACGCAGAACUCCUUACUGAUAUUCUAUGUUUCCCUAGCAUAACGUUAAAGUGUAAAUAUGUUCGUGGUCUCAUUACUAUCGCGUGGUCUUCUUUUGCGAUCAGUCUUAAACAAAGCUUGUUUCCUAUUAUUCAUAUCAUUUUGAUAACAAGAAUCUUGUGGCCGGUUAGAACUAAAAUCUAAAUUCUGCAUUAGGCGUUCUGUUUUAUCUAAAAAUUAGGUUUAAAGAGAGACUUGUAGAGAAUCAAUUGGUAUCGUAUUUCGAUGUUCUUGAAUAUACGUUCAGAGAAAAAACCCUCUUAGCAUACGCUACGUGAUGCUGGAUAUAUCUAUUUGGUGCAUCAUGUUCUAUAUUCUUGAUUACAAUUUUUAAGUAGAAAUAGUUGUAAAAUAGUGGUUGAAAAUAAUUACUAUGAUUCUCAAUGUAAGAUUUGACAUAUUGUCGAUGUUGAUGUAUAAUAAACAAUGUAAAAUAAUAACUAUUAUAAUAGCUCGUGACGUAAUGCGAGCGUCAGCGCCACAUAGAGUCGUUCCGUAGCGUAUGUUAAGUAUGGUACUGAUAUAAAGUGAUACGAACACGACAUAAUUCUAUUUAUUUGUGCAAUAUUCGGCAAUACUCAUCGUAUAGUCAAAGAUUGACCGUAGGCACGGAGUGUUAGGAUUAAGUGCAUGUCCGUUAAUAUAAGUAUCUCAUUUUCGUUUCGAUUGUAAAUAAAAUAUUUAAUAACGUACUAAGGCUUUGUCCAGAUUUGCGAUUAAAAAUCGACCGAUACAAUUUAUUUUGUUUGUUAUGUUCAGUUAUCGCGGAGAUUGUGUUGAAUAUGAAUAGAAAAGAUUUUUACGGCUUAGUUUUUAUAUAUGGAAUGUUUUAUAUUAAGUUAGUCUCUGAUUAAAGUACUAUAAGUGUGUGGGAAGAUGAUUGGAAAUGAACGAUAAAAUUGCAGUAUUUUCUGAAUUGAUUAUCCUACGCAUAGUAUUACAUCUGGACACUGCCUUAGCGAUAGAUACAUAGCGGUGUGAGUGUCGGCCGCACCGAGCAGCUCGCACGGGGAGCGCGACCGCGGCCUAUCAAUGAGCUUAGUAUAAAAUUAAAUGUUUCAAUACAUGUUCGUAAUAAUAUAUAUGUAAGCUUACUACCACUCUGACAUUAGAAGUUUGAUCCGAUGUACAUACAUGGUAAUUGUAAAUCAAAUAUUGGAGUCGGUGUAUAAAUGUUUCUAGGUGUAGACUACGCAGAUGCAGCGGAGAUAAAUGAUUUUUUGGGCAAUAUAAAUAAAUUAUUUGUGCUAUCACAAAACCCAAUGAGGUUUAGGCUGUGCUUAGUUUCGCUAUAUUUUAAUUUAAAAUCAUUCAUAAAAAGAUUAUCAGGAUUGAUAGAACCGAUGUGUAUUGUGUGGUUUCUUGAGAGCUUAAUGAUUUCUUUUUUAUAUUUUUAUAUUUUUCAUAUGAGCAAAAGUUUAAUUUUACGAUAUCAGUUAUAUAACAAAUAUUUCAUGAAGUCUACUAACGAUAUCAGUGAUUGCAUUUAAAUUAAAAUAAUGAAUGGUGCAUGUAUAAAUAGAGCUAUUUAUAAACUAACCAGAAAACUGAGAUUAAACAUAAUACAUUGAAA